AUGCUUUGAAGACAAAUCCUUAUUAUAAGUCAAAAAAAGUCAAAAACAAUUCGAUAAGGACUUGAAAAAAAAGUCCGAGAUCAUCACAAGUUACAACAGAUUCAAUGGCUUCUUGGACUCCGACCCUUUUGGGUCCACCUUCCGUCGCCGGAAACACCCCGCUCGUCAAACCACUCACCACCAUUUCACCAGAAACCUCUGUUUCCGAUGAUCAAACUUUGAUCUCCCAAACCGCCACACUAACCCUCCAAGAACCUCCACCAAUGGGUCUAACCGAGAACUUCUCGCCGACGUUUCUCUCCUCCGGGAACCCAUUUCUAGAUUUCUUCUUCCACAUCGUCCCCGACACGCGUCCCGAUGAUCUGAUCCAAAGGCUUGCGAUUUCUUGGUCUCAUGAUCCUUUGACUACGUUGAAGCUCGUCUGCAAUCUCAGAGGAGUUAGAGGAACUGGGAAAUCAGAUAGAGAAGGGUUUUACACAGCUGCGUUUUGGCUUUACAAGAAUCACCCAAAGACCCUAGCUUUGAAUCUCCCUGCUCUUGUUGAUUUUGGGUAUUUCAAAGACUUGCCUGAGAUUCUGUUUCGGAUCUUAGAAGGUCAGCAGAUUGAGAGAGGGAAGAGUCGGGUUUGGAGGAAGAAGAUUCAGAGGAAGUUCAAAGGGAAGAGUGAGAAAAGGUCUGAGCUUUCCGGUGAAAUGGAAGAUCGGAUACUGGAGAACGCGGAGGAGAUUAGUGGUCCUGUUGAUAAGAUAAAGGCUAGGGCUUUACGGAAACAGAGAGAGUUCGAAAAGGCGAAGAAAGCUUUAGAGAGGUAUAACUCUGAUGCUAAUUACAAAUUACUCUUUGAUAGAAUUGCUGAUUUGUUUGCUGGUUUGUUGAAAUCGGAUUUGAAGUGUUUGAGUUCGAAUGACCUGAAUAAGAUUAGUUUAGCUUCGAAAUGGUGUCCUUCCGUUGAUUCUUCGUAUGAUAAGACUACUUUGAUAUGUGAGGCAAUUGCUAGAAGGUUGUUUUCUAGAGAUGAGUAUGAAGGAAUCGAAGAAGCACAUUAUGCUUAUAGGAUUAGGGAUCGGUUGAGGAAAGAGGUUCUUGUGCCAUUGCAUAAAGCGCUUGAAUUGCCUGAGUUGUCUAUGAGUGCAAAGGAAUGGGAUUUGUUGAAGUACAAUCGAGUUGCUUCUGUGGCUAUGAAGAAUUACAAGAAGCUCUUUGCGGAACAUGAUGGUGAGAGGUUUAGUAAGUUUUUGGAGGAUGUGAAAUCAGGGAAGAAGAAGAUUGCUGCUGGUGCGUUGCUUCCUCACGAGAUAAUAAACCAGCUGGAGUGUAAUGAUGAGAGUGAUGUUGGCUCUGAAGUUGCAGAGCUUCAGUGGGCGAGAAUGGUGGAUGAUCUUGCCAAGAAAGGGAAGAUGAAGAGUUCACUGGCGGUUUGCGAUGUCUCGGGAAGCAUGUCAGGUACACCUAUGGAGGUUUGUGUAGCGCUUGGGCUACUGGUUUCAGAACUUAAUGAAGAGCCUUGGAAAGGGAAAGUUAUUACCUUUAGCGAAAACCCGCAGCUUCAUAUUAUUAAGGGUUCGAGUCUGAUGGAAAAGACUGAGUUUGUUAGACAAAUGGAUUGGGGAAUGAACACGGAUUUCCAGAAGGUGUUUGAUCGGAUUCUGGAGGUUGUAGUCGAGAAUAAACUAACCAAUGACCAGAUGGUCAAGCGGUUGUUUGUGUUCAGUGACAUGGAGUUCGAUGAUGCAAUGGCAGACAGACAUUCAGAGGUGAAUUACUCGUUGAGUGUGGAGGAACGGUUGAAGAUAUCAAAGCAACAGUCCAAGGAGAAAUGGGAGACAGAUUAUGAGGUGGUUCAGAGGAAGUAUAAGGAGAACGGUUUUCAGAAUGUUCCGGAAAUGGUAUUUUGGAACUUGAGAGACUCGUCGGCUACACCCGUGGUGGCUAACCAGAAAGGAGUAGCUAUGGUUAGCGGGUUUUCGAAGAAUCUACUAACUCUGUUUCUUGAAGAAGGUGGGAUCGUGAAUCCUGAAGAUGUCAUGUGGUUAGCCAUCAAAGGUGAGGAGUAUAAGAAGCUGACUGUUUAUGACUGAGAAACACAUACAUAAGCUUUAAUGCGUAAACCCUAGCACCAUCAUUUCUAUCAAUUUCUUUUGAGUUUUAUAUAUACCGCAAAAACUAAGAAUGUUAUUUUCGUUUGUUUUGGAUUUAUGGAGUUAUGUGAGGGUAUGAAUGAAUCUUGUUUUGACUUUUUGUUUUAA